AAACAACAUGAGAGGGCAAAGAAUAUCAUCAAAUUUAAUGGGAAACUAAAGGAUUAUGAAACUUUAAAAAUAGAGCACAACUAUAAUAACAAUAUGCAGAAGUCAGAUGAAUUAUGAAAGUAACUGGCCCAUAAUAGAAACAAGAUACAAAAAGAUUUAUUUUCAGAUAUAUGAAGAGUAAAAGAGGCAAGAAUGGACAAGGUUUUCGGUUUCCUAUUCUCAUCUUCGGACUCACACCCCUCCUGAUUCUCUUUUUACACGAUUUAGUUUAUUCUAUAUUUCUUAUUUUAACCAUUUUUUUUUAGAAAUUGCUCUGUCCUGCUGUAGCAAAACAACGAAGUUAAUGACAUAUGUCCGUGAUAAUGAACAUGAUUUUGAUUUUGAUACUAAUCACCUUCACUGAUCAAUGUCAGUGCACAAAAGGUUUAUUAAUUAGUUGGAAUAACUUCCCUCAACUUUACUUGGUAGGUUGUCGCAGAUUACAGGGUGAUUGUGAUCACUUAGGGAAGGGGGUCAAGUGUGGCAAAUGCAUUUCAAUACAGAUAAGUGUGAGGCGGUGCAUAUUGGAAAGUCAAACCAGUGUAGAACUUACACAAUGAAUGAUCGGUCAUUGGGGAGUGGAAUGGGCCGGAGAGAUUGAGGGGUAAAAUGCACACACAGUUCAUUGAAAGUUGUGUCACUUGUAGACAGGGUCGUGAAGAACGGGGUUUAACAUGCUGGCCUUCAUUAGUCAGGGGAUAGAGUAUAUCAGUUGUGACAUUAUUUUACAGUUGUGUAAAUGACUGGAGGCCACACUUGCCGAUUUGUGUACAGCUCUUGUUACCGUUAUAGGAAACGUGGUUAAACUGGGGAGAGUGUAGAAAAGAUUUCCAAGGUAUAUUUCCCGGACCUGAGGUUCUCAGUCACACAGUCAGUUUGACCAGACAAUGUCCAUUGUCCUCUAUUCCUUGGAAUCAGAAUCAGAUUUAUCACCGUGUUAUAUGACGAGAAACCUGUCGUUUUAUUCUGACAGCAGUACAGGCCUCUGAAGGUGCAGAUGUGAACAUUGUGUCAGCAUAACGCCAAGAGAUUCUGGGAAUCGCGAACAACGCGGACAAAAUGCUGGAUGAACCCAGCAAGUCAGGGAGCAUCUCCCACCAGACUCCUGAUGAAGGGGCUCGGCCCGAAAUGUCGACUGUUUAUUCCCACCAGUGAUGCUGCCUGACUUGCUGAUUCAGAGACAGUGUUUUAAAGCGGCGGGCGGAUUAGACAAGUAUCACUGUGUUUGUGGGUCCGAACACAUCGCCGGAUUUCCCAGCGCCUCCUGUACAAAAAGAAAAGAUUUCUCUGUUACGGGAUGGCCCCACUCCCCAGCUCAGUCCCGAAGCGGGAAUUAACCGCAAAGUUUUAGUUAGUCUCAAAAUUUCAGCCGAAAAGCAGAGAACAGGUCAACAAUAUGGAGAGAGAUCGCGGGCAGCGCAGUAAUGAAACGGGUUAAAAUAGAAAGUGCUGCCUUUAAUCCCGAUUGAACUCUCUUUCCAGCGAACUUUCCGGCCUCAGUGACGGACAGGGACCAGUCCGAGUCCCCGGAGUGUCCGAUUUUAAUUGGAAUCGGAGAGUUUUUGAGGAGAGAGAAACACAGAAAAAUGAAAUCUCCGGGAGCUGACAGCAGGAUGUCUCCGCCCCGUCCGCUCGCUGCCUUUAAAAUGCUCUGUAUCGCCGCCUUUCGCUUCAUUUCUCAUUCAGUCUGAUUGUGGGAAGCAUUUUCCAGAGUCGCCGACAUGACCGAGACAGCACCCGCCGAAACGGCUCCUGCAGCCGCACCCGCCGCCGCAAAGAAGAGUCCCAAGAAGAAGGCGGCCGGCCGGAGCAAACCAGCCGGUCCCAAGCUGGGCGAACAAAUCGAUAAGAUUGUGGCGGAUUGUCGCGAUAGGAAGGGGAUGUCCGCUGUGGCCAUCAUGAAGGCUCUGACCAGCAGCGGUGUCGAUGUGGGGAAACGUCGCGCCCAGAUCAGGAUGUGCAUCAGGAAGAGAGUGGAAAGCGGCUCCUUGGUUCAGACCAAGGGCGCGGGUCUUUCGAGAUUCUUUAAAUCCGGUCAAGUAAAAAGUGCCGUGAAAGUGGUAAAGAAAGCGAACAAGCCAUCGGCAAAGAAAUCUCCGGGCAAGAAGUCUGGCGCCAAGAAACCAGUGGCUCAGAAAGCGGCAGCGAAGAAACCAGCGACUAAAAAGGCGGCAGCUAAGAAACCAGCGACUAAAAAGGCGGCAGCUAAGAAACCAGCGACUAAAAAAGCAGCAGCGAAGAAACCAGCGGCGCCGAAGCCAAAGAGCCCCAAGAAACUCGCAGCCCUGAAGAAGAAGGCGGCCAAGAAGACAGCAGUCAAAAAGUGAAUUGAGAUAUACCGUUUGUAAGUGUUUGAACCCAAAGGCUCUUCUCAGAGCCACCCACAUCUCAGAAAAGAGCUGAUGAUCAAUAUUGAGAUUCCCGCUGCGGAUCCGAAUGAGUUUUGCGGGGGAACUUCUUGCAUAAAAUCCGAUAUUCCCGGUACCUCUCUGACAUUCAGUGCGGCCGUGACGUCCCAGAUUUGAAGUGAAACACAGCGUUUCACUCAGGCUGUGUGAGAGAGUGAGACCAGUGGGGUGGUCUGCAGGCCCAGUUCCUUCUCCCGCUCCAGGAGAGCGUGACUGAGAUUCAACCGAGAUUCCGCGCCUCGCAUCCCAAAGUCCGAUUCAGGUGAGUUGAUUGGGAACUGCUGAAACCUAUGUGAGAGGGGAGGGGGCGUCUUGAGAGAGGGAUCUG